AUGGAUUCUGAUCUAGUCCGUCAGUGUGUGGAAUGCACGGAAGCCGGCAAAGUGACGGACUUGAAUUUUCAUUACAAAUUCUUGAGCAAAGUCCAGGGCCUCCAGGAUCAUGCAGCAAGCCUACGCAGUUUGGAUCUGUCCUCGAACAACAUCAGGGUCAUCGAGAACCUGGGGCCCAUGAUGAAGCUGCGAGAGUUGAAGCUGGACAGCUGUCAGAUUUCGCGCAUUCAAGGGCUGGAGAAAUGUCCCAGUCUCAUCUCUCUACACUUAGAGGACAACGAAAUCAGCUGCGUGGAAGGUCUUGAGAAGCUUUUCUGCCUGGAGAUUCUGAACCUGGAAAGGAACAGACUGCAGAGGUUAGGCCGUGGAUUGAGCAAGCUGACAAAGCUGAAAGAGCUGCGCUUGGGCCUGAACCAGCUGACGACGCUGGAGGGUCUGCCUGGCCUUGGUGCUCUGGAGGUCCUGGAUGCCAGCCGCAAUCAGCUGACAUCAGUUGCAACGGAGGAACUCAAAGGCUUGGGUAAGCUAGACGAGCUCAACCUUUCAGGCAAUGGGCUCUCCAACAUCAGCUUUCUGGGUCUUGGAGGCCCAGUCCGUCUAUCGUCCUUGGAUCUCUCCGACAACUCGCUGACGACAUCCUCCUUCAAAGGCAUUCCUUGUCUUCCACUCCUAACAGAGUUCAUGUUGGCGGGGAAUCGACUGGAGGAAGUCCCAGGCAAUCUGGCAAACUGUUGCCCUGGCUUGGAGAUACUUGACAUGUCAAGAAACAGCCUUCUCUUCGUCACCGAGGUGGACAAGCUAAAGGCCAUUGCCACGUUACGUGAGCUGAGUGUGAAGGGCAACCCACUGGCGGACUCUGACGAUUUCCCGAAGGCGGUGCGCUCUUUAGCUGGUCUUGAGUAUGUCGACAACAGGCAGCUGCAACCGCUGCAGAACUUGCUGGAGGACGGCGUUGAAAACGAGGAGAUGUUCGGCCUGACAAAGGUCGAGACCGAGGAGAAAGCCCCAACGUCGCGGCCUGGCACUGCUUCUCGCCCUGGUACAGCUUCCCGCCCGGGCACGGCCUCACGACCCGGAACGGCAACUGCUUUGAAAGAGGCGGGGGUGCAGCAACCCCUCAUGCACACUCCAGCAGUUCCCGUGCGGAAGUGCGCGAGCGAGGAGCAGGUGUCGCAGUGGGCGCAGCAGACCAUUGGGAGCCUUCAGGCCAUCGGCAAACAGGUUGAGAAGACGUCCUCGCAGGCAGAGCAAGACUUGAAGGAGAUGCAUCGGUACGUGCAGAAAGCCAAGAAAGCCAACCGACUCCAUGCGGAGUGGGAAGCCAGGCAAGAAGAGGCCAUCCCAGAAGAGACAGAAGAGGCGGGCCCACCAACUCCGGACUGCCACCAGGCACCAACACCGCUGCGGCCAAGUUCUGGCAACGCAAGCCGAAAGCUGCGAGAG